AUGGAAGUCACUCCGACGUUAAACGAUGUACAAGCUUUUCGUCAGCUAACGCUUGCUAAUGAACAUGUUAUGAUCUGCCUGUGUGGGGUGGAUGUAAAGCAGGAUGUCGACACACGAGUACUGCAGGAAGCAGUUCGGAAGAUCAUUCGCAUUAAGAUGCAAAUGGGUGGUUAUCACCAGAUAAGUCUUGCUAAAGCGCAGGGAUCGCGACUUGUCAUUGAGCAGGAGUUUACGAGAGAUAUUGAUGCUCUUGUGGCAGCAGUGCCAGGAGUUCUCAGCUCAGUUGAUGACGACGGCAUAGUGGACCUGGAUGCACUUUUUGAUGAUGUUCUUCGCUACUUUGGCGCACAGCGAGAGAUGGAGUGCCAAGCUACUUCGUCCUUUCGUCUGUUGCUAAUCUAUAGACAGGUGAAACAGAACCCACAGCUUCACAUCAUGCACAGAGAGGUCCCAGUUGGGUUUCUAAACGAACCAACUUGUCAUCUGGACAUCAUCUACUGGCAUCAAGAUGUCCCGCUAGAGAUAGCGCAAAGUGUAUUCGAUCAACUCUGCUUGUAUGAUAGCACAAACCCACUGGUCAAGUUCUACUUCUUGGAUGUCGGCGGAUCAGUCGAGAGGUUGCAUCAGGCACUCGUGCUUGUGCUGUCACACCCGACUAAUCGAUUGAGUCAAAAUGGUGCUGAACAGCUUUUAAAGUCGUGGUUCUCAUCCAGCAAAAGAGUCAACCCACUAAAUUAG